AUGAGCUCAACGACAUCCCUCUACCGCUCGAUCCUAUGUGAACUGCGCAAAUCCGCAGUGUCUCCCCGACCAGAACGAUCCCGAGCGAUCAUCACCCACCUCCGGGAAGCACUCACCAAUCCCCGAAUCUCCCAAGCCCAGCGGCAACAAGAUGCUCUCAACGCGCUCACCUUCCUUCACAGCCAGAGGUCCUACGAGGAAUUGCUCGUCAGGUAUAACCCGCUGCAUGAUAUGACCCCGGAGGAGAGGGUGAAGGCUACGGCUAGGAGGGUGGGGUUGGAUGUCCCUGUUGAAGCUGAGGAGGAUAGUCUGAAGAAUUCAUGA